UCUUGCUGGUGGAUCCCUGGCUUGCCCUUGUGGGAGGGGGGAAGCCGAGCUUACCCAACCAGAACUUGUCUGCUUACCGCAUGCUUGAUUAUCUUUUUUCCCCCUCCUACUGCAUGUAAAUCCACCACAAAGGAGCUGAAGUUCAAAUAGGGCUGUUUUAGCCUCGCUUGAAAUGAUGGAUUCACAGCUUUAGAACUGAAACGCAGGCCAGCCGGAGUUCCUGAAAAGCAAGUCACUGCUGCAGCCUAUUGUCCCUCUGUGUCUAUAGCAUGGGGACCGACCGCUUUGAUUCAGCAAUCAAGUUAAAGAGACGAGGGCUUAAACAAUAAGGAAAUAACAGGGCGGCAAUAGCCUUCUUAUGUUGUUAGCCUUCCCAGCACAGUGCCAAAUGCAUGAACCUUUUCAUGCAAUACCAUCUAGGUAGUCCUUCACAGAUGAAGAUAUUUAUUUUGGUGCAAGCAGUGAUGGCACUAUUCCUGUGGAUGAGCCAGUCAGUAAAUCUUUGAUUUAAGAAAAGAAAAGAAAAGAGAAGAAAAGGAAAAGGAAAGCUUGAAGAAAGAAGCUCAAAGGAAAUAGGAUCAAAAAGUUCAUUUGUACAAAACAAUUCCACGAUAAAGGACCAUGAAGGCAGCGGUUUGCUUGUUGCUAAUGGUAGGUGUGGGAAUACGUGUCAGCAAGACCAAAGAUGUCGAAGACAGCAAUGAAGGAGAGGAGCAAGAGUUCAUAUACACAAACAGGUAUAAGCGCUCAAGUGACACGCCGGACAAGUGCACCUACACCUUCAUUGUACCUCAGCAGAAAGUGACAGGUGCCAUUUGUGUUAAUUCGAAAGAACCUGAGGUGGUACUUGAAAACAGGGUAAAUAAGCAGGAGAUAGAGCUGCUGAACAAUGAACUGCUCAAGCAAAAGAGGCAAAUAGAAAGCCUUCAGCAGUUAGUGGAAGUAGAUGGUGGAAUCGUGAAUGAGGUGAAGCUCUUACGAAAGGAGAGCCGCAACAUGAACUCGCGGGUCACGCAACUGUACAUGCAGCUGCUGCACGAAAUCAUCCGAAAGCGGGACAAUGCUUUAGAACUCUCCCAGUUGGAAAACAAGAUCCUGAAUCAAACUGCUGACAUGUUGCAGCUUGCAAACAAAUACAAAGACCUGGAGCACAAGUAUCAGCACUUGAUAUCCAUUGCCAAUAACCAAUCGAUAAUUAUUGCACAACUGGAAGAGCACUGCCAAAGAACGCCGUCCAUUAAACCCAUUCCUCAGCCUCCACUGCCACCAAACAGAGUGUACCAGCCUCCCACUUACAAUCGUAUUAACCAAAUAUCUACCAAUGAGAUUCAGAGUGACCAAAAUCUAAAGAUUCUGCCACCUACUCUCCCAACAAUGCCGCCAGUUACCAGCAUCCCAACUUCCACUGACAAACCAUCAGGUCCUUGGAGAGACUGCCUGCAGGCUUUAGAAGACGGCCACGACACCAGUUCCAUCUACCUUGUGAAACCCGAGAAUACAAACCGGCUGAUGCAGGUCUGGUGCGACCAGCGACACGAUCCUGGUGGCUGGACUGUCAUCCAGAGACGGCUGGAUGGAUCUGUCAACUUUUUUAGGAAUUGGGAGACUUACAAGCAAGGGUUUGGUAACAUAGAUGGAGAGUACUGGCUAGGCUUAGAAAAUAUUUAUUGGCUGACCAGUCAAGGCAAUUACAAACUGCUGAUCACCAUGGAAGACUGGUCAGGCCGUAAAGUGUUUGCUGAAUACGCCAGUUUCCGAGUGGAGUCGGAAAAAGAGUACUACAAGCUGCGACUGGGCCGAUACAAUGGCAACGCUGGAGACUCCUUCACGUGGCACAACGGGAAGCAAUUUACUACACUGGACAGAGACCAUGAUGUAUAUACAGGAAACUGCGCUCACUACCAGAAAGGGGGAUGGUGGUACAAUGCGUGUGCACACUCCAACCUCAAUGGCGUUUGGUACCGGGGAGGACACUACCGGAGUCGAUACCAAGAUGGUGUCUACUGGGCCGAGUUCAGGGGAGGUUCAUAUUCACUGAAGAAAGUUGUCAUGAUGAUCAGACCUAAUCCCAACACAUUCCACUGAACAAAAUUCUUUUCCUCAUGCCUUUAGUAUGAGAUGUAGAAUACAAAGGCAGCAACAAUUUUAUGUGCUAUCCAGAACACAUCUUCUCAGCAGCAAAGACUGUAAUAUAUUGUACAUUGACUGCUCUUCAUCGGAGGACUUGUAUAUUGUAUUGUACCUUUCAAGAAUUGUUUCAGAACCAAAACGUCAAGGAACAUUUCAGACCAUCACUCCUUGCACCAAAAGAAUUUUUUCCUCUCUUUUUUUAAAUUAAAAAAAAGAGUUAUCAGGUAAGACGGACUGUAGAUAAAUUGAGAUGCUAAGAAUACUGCCAUGUCCAUCAAAAUACUUUUGUAUGUUAUAUAUAUUCUCAAAUACUGGACAUAUUAAAAACUGUACAGCAAGACUUUUUUUUAAAACAAAAAAUUAAAUGUUUUGACACAGGAAACUAUAUCCUCUGAAAAUAUGUAGCCAGUACAGGUACCAUGCCAUGUUAGUGUGAUUGUUCCUAAUUUAAUAAUCUUUGUUAGAUGUCGGGAAUGCUUAGUGUCUGCUUUAAAGGGUCUACACAUGCCCAGCACAAACAGAGCCCCAAAAUGUUCUCUGAUCACAAGGCACUAUUAGAAUGACAAACAAAUAGUUUUCUAUAGAACACACAAAACAAUCCAGGUUGUCAUCCUCACUCUUAUUUGCAUCUGUUACGACAGUGGCCAUUCUCCAUAAACAACGUAAGUAUAUUUCUCAUAAUCAAAAGCAGUAUUGACUUUCUUCCAACCAAAUGCCCAGACAUUUUAGAUAGAGUUUAUUCAUUCAUUAUAUAUUUUAUAGCCAACAUGAAUACUUUUGUUAUGCAAGUUACACUUACAGUCUCCAAGCUAUUUUGUACCUUCAGAGUCAUUACCUGCUCUGCCAUCACUGUAACAACAAAAAGAGCUAUCCAACUUUGCAGGCAAAUGAUGGAUAUAGAUAUAUAACCUAUUUAAAUGCUUUUAGCCACAAGUUUUGUGAUCUUUGGAAGAGACUAGUAAUCUGGAACUAUAUUUGCCAUAUUUCAUUAUUAUUGCCAAAUAUCCAUAUUAGAAGAGAAUUGUGUGACCAUAUUUAUAAAGUCCAUUGUAGAAAAUUGAAUUCUGGUAUUCUGCUGAGGUAGGUUUCCAGAAUAGACGAUUUUAGCACAUUUUUCAUUAUAGGAACGGUGAAAACUAAACAAUGUUUAAACUCUCAUUACCUCAUUAUUUCUUUCCUAAUGUACAAUGUGCGUUAAAGAUCUGAUGUCUGAUGUAGCAAGUCUUGUACAUAAAUGAAAAGUAGGGAUUUUAAUAUAUUAUCAGAUUAUCCUUGUAAUAAUGCAAAUGUGUAAUAAAAGCAAGAAAUGCUA